UUCUCCGCCUCUUCAGCCUCUCCAAACCCUAAUUCUGUAGAACACAGAAAACCCUAAAAAAGACAAAGAACAAAGACCUGGUUUUUUUUCUCUCUCACAUGCUUAUGUUCCCUACUUGCUCCAUCAAACCCUAAUUCUGACCAUCCAAAAAAACUGUCAAACAAUCCACGAAUUUCUUGAUUCUUACGCAGAUAGUGUGACAAGAAUAUACAUAUAUAUAUAGAUAUCUGUAUAUUAUCUAUAUUGUGUAUGGCUUCCCCAUCGGAACUAAGCUUGGAGUUCAAGCCACAAAGCUACUCUAUGCUUUUGAAAUCCUUUGGUGACAACUUUCACAACGAUCUGACGAUGCAAAAGCUCGAAGAUUUCCUCUCCCGUCUCGAAGAAGAGCGUCUGAAGAUCGACGCCUUUAAGCGAGAGCUUCCCCUUUGCAUGCAACUCCUCACCAAUGCUGUGGAAGUUUACAAGCAACAAUUACAAGCGUGUAGAGCAAAUGGUGGCAAUAACCAUGGUGCAAGACCUGUGCUUGAAGAGUUCAUACCUCUAAGAAGCUCAGACAACAAUAACCACGAAAAGGCCGAUAAUAAGGCCGGAUGGAUGACAAAUGCUCAGCUGUGGAAUCAAACGGCGGCAGAUGAAACGAAACCACACGUGGCAAUAUCCGCGAAAGGAGAUACCGAUAUCACUCUCGGUGUUGCUGCAAGUCCCAAACUAGGGUUAGACGCGAAACCUAGAAACGGAGGGGCGUUCUUGCCCUUUUCGAAAGAGCGAUCUUUGCCCGAAUUGGCCCUCUCGAACUCUGCUGAUAACGUCGAGACUGAGGAUGUCCAGAGAGUUUCCGACAGUGGUGGAAAACCUGUCAUCCAACAAAACAAAGGCCAAAACGGUCAUCUAAACGAUUCACAAGCAACGAUCGAAACCAAUAAUGCGAACUUGAAUGGAGCUUCUUCGACCAGUGGUGGUGCGGCUCAAACUAAUAGGAAGGCACGGAGAUGUUGGUCACCGGACUUGCAUAGGAGAUUCGUUCAAGCCCUUCAAAUGCUUGGCGGCUCUCAAGUGGCCACACCGAAACAGAUAAGAGAACUAAUGAAAGUUGAUGGUUUAACGAACGACGAAGUGAAAAGCCACCUCCAGAAGUACCGGCUUCACACAAGAAGACCGAGCCCAAGCCCACAAGCCACAGGUGGCCCAGCACCGCAGCUGGUGGUCCUAGGUGGCAUCUGGGUCCCACCGGAAUACGCGACAGCGGCCCACGGCGGCGGUCCGGCGAUCUACCAUCACCACUCGACCGCAGCCGCAGCCCAUCAUCCUCCGCCGCCGCACUUCUGCUCUGCUUCCGUUCCCCAAGAAUUCUACACCUCUUCCGCUGCUCUACCGCCUCUUCCACCGCCGAUCCACCACCACCACCACCACCAGAUUCAUGCUUACAAGGCGACAUCAUCAGCCUCGCCGGAUUCUCCUACCGGCCGCGACAGUACGCCGGAGGAGGGCAGGUCGGAAAGUGGUGGAGAGAGGAAAGGGUUGGCCGCUCUGAAGGAAGAAGGUGAGGAGAGCAAUGGAAGUGAAAUAACUCUCAAAUUCUAGGGUUUUUUGUUUGUUUUUGUUUUUGGUGGGGCUGCAGGGGGGUUGUGGGCGUGGGUUCUAGGGUUAGGUUUGUAACUACGUCGAUUUACUUGCAUGCAUUUUCCAUGCUUGUCUUGGCUACAAAAAAAUCAUAGGGCAGUGAUAGUGAGUCUUAUUAUCAAUGAUCAUCAUCAUCAUCAUCAUCAUCACCAUCACCAUCACCAUCAUGUGUUUUGGAUUGAGUUGUAGGAAAGGCAUAAUGACCUUUUUUUUAACUGAGAAAUAAGGCAUAAUGGAUGACGGAAACAGUUUGAAUUC